GGGACGUUCUCGGGACUCCCCUGCCUGGCGACCGAUGACGCCGCCUCGGAUCGGAGCCCCAUUGGUCCCUGCCCAGUCUCCGGGGCAGAGGGGCGGGGCUGGGGCAGAGUUUCUCCCGGGCUGAGCAGAGAAAGUCCCACUGCGGAGUCGGCUGCGAGAUGAUGGGGGGCUCCUGCGCCUUGGACUUGGGGUCCUCCUUGGGGCCGUGGCGGUGCUGGUCUCCCCUCCGGAGGUGCUGGGCGUGGGGGAGCCUCCAGGUGUGGUUGCUGUGAUGGCCAACGGCUAAAGUGACAAAAAGCUGAGCCUCUCAACAGACAAGAGAUGGAAGAUGCAGCUCCGUCCCAGAACACCUGCUUCAUGUGCAGAAGGUCCAGUCCCCCUCCACCUCCAGGCGAGGCCGGAAGGACUCCUGCAGAGUGCUGCCGGCCAGUGCAGGCAUACUGAACCGGCUGGGGGAUUGUUUUAUCCUCUUGAAAUGGUAACCCCGGGACCUCCUGGUGAAGUGUGGAUAGGAAACACUCGUGAGAAUUCUGCUUUCAGGUAAUGCGACCACAAGGGAGCAGUCCUCCUGAUUUGCUUGCAGGAGGUUUGCAGGUCUUAGGAGUGCACUGUCGGUGCUCACCACAGUAACACGAGAGUCCCAGAAGGAAGGCAUUAGGCAGGAGAUCUGUUUCUCUGCCUGGACUCGGUCACUUCAGAUUGCAGGAUCUGUAGCAGAGGGGGACGUUCCUCCACACAAGUCAGCACAAAACGUCGCUGCACAGAGAAAUCCAACAGGGUCACGGGCCAGAAAGAGGCUUCCCGCCUCCCCUCCGUCUCCGUGGGAAGCAGCCGAGCAGCUCCAGCCACUUUAAGGGUUAAGAAAGGACCACGGAGCCGAAGGAAAGAGCGCAAACGAGGGACGUCCCUUUCCUGCCCCGCCUCUGCCAGAACUGCGGGCUGGGAGCGCCGGAGGAGCCCCUCUUCCCCUGUUCCUGCGCAGCGAUGCUGGCGAGCGGGGUUGCACGGAGGGAGCCUCGGAAAAAAGGAUACAUCUCAGGGGUCAAGGCUGAGGGAGAACCAUCUGAAGAAACACUGGAAAAAGCUGAGGAGCAGGUGCAGGAGCAGAAACUGAGGAGUCAAGAUGGAGCAAAGAGACAAGAGGAGCGACAGACGCACACAGGGGACAAACCUCAUACAUGCUUGGAGUGUGGAAAGAGCUUCAGUCGGAGUGACAGCCUUACUUCACAUCAAAGAACUCACACGGGAGACAAACCUUAUAAAUGCUUCGAGUGUGGCAAGAGCUUCAGUCACAGUAGCUCCCUUACUUCGCAUCAAAGAACUCACACAGGGGACAAACCUUAUACAUGCUUGGAGUGUGGAAAGAGCUUCAGUGACAGUAGUGCCUUUAGUAAACAUAGAAGAACUCACACAGGGGACAAACCUUAUAAAUGCUUCGAGUGUGGCAAGAGCUUCAGUCACAGUAACUCCCUUACUUUGCAUCACAGAACUCACACAGGAGACAAACCUUAUACAUGCUUGGAGUGUGGAAAGAGCUUCAGUCAGAGUAGCCAACUUACUUCGCAUCAAAGAACUCACACAGGGGACAAACCUUAUAAAUGCUUCGAGUGUGGCAAGAGCUUCAGUCACAGUAGCUCCCUUACUUUGCAUCACAGAACUCACACAGGAGACAAACCUUAUAAAUGCUUGGAGUGUAGAAAGAGUUUCAGUCGGUGGAGCACCCUUAGUACACAUGAAAGAACUCAUACAGGGGAAAAACUCUAUAAAUGCUUGGAGUGUGGAAAGACCUUCAGUCAGAGUGGCCACCUUACUUUGCAUCAAAGAACUCACACAAGGGACAAACCUUAUACGUGCUUCAAGUGUGGAAAGAGCUUCAGUCGUAGUAGCUCCCUUAAGGUGCAUCAAAUAACUCACACAGGGGACAAACCUUAUACAUGCUCAGAGUGUGGAAAGAGCUUCAGUUGGAGUAGCGACCUUAGGACACAUGAAAGAACUCAUACAGGGGAAAAACCCUAUAAAUGCUUGGAGUGUGGAAAGACCUUCAGUCGGAGUGACCACCUUACUUUGCAUCAAAGAACUCACACAGGGGACAAACCUUAUACAUGCUCGGAGUGUGGAAAGAGCUUUAGUCAGAAUAGCAACCUUACUUUGCAUCAAAGAACUCACACAGGAGACAAACCUUAUAAAUGCUUCAAAUGUGGAAAAAGCUUCAGCUGUGGUAGCGCCCUUACGGUGCAUCAAAGAACUCACACAGGGGACAGACCUUAUCAAUGCUUGGAGUGUGGAAAGAGCUUCAGUCAGAGUGGCUACCUUACUUCGCAUCACAGAACUCACACAGGGAACAAACCUUAUCAAUGCUUGGAGUGUGGAAAAAGCUUCAGUCAGAGUGGCGACCUUACUUCGCAUCAAAGAACUCACACAGGGAACAGACCUUAUAAAUGCUUGGAGUGUGGAAAGAGCUUCAGUCAGAGUAGCACUCUUACUUCGCAUCAAAGAUGUCACACAGGGGACAAACCUUAUAAAUGUUUUGAGUGUGGAAAGAGCUUCAGUCGGAGUAGCACUCUUACUUUGCAUCGAAGAAUUCACACAGGGGACAAACCUUAUAAAUGCUUGGAGUGUGGGAAGAGCUUCAAUUGUAGCAGCCAACUUAUGUUGCAUCACAGAACUCAUACGGGGGACAAACCUUAUAAAUGCUUGGAGUGUGGAAAGAGCUUCAGGUGGAGUAGUGCCUUUACACAACAUCAAAGAUCUCACAUGGGACAAACCUUAUAAA